CAUAAAGCACCCUGUAGCCGAACGAGCGAAACUUUCCCUCCUUGAAUUUUAUUGCUUUCCCUAAUUUUCCCACAUGAAAUGGAAUAUGGAGAUUGAAGAAAUUGAAGCAGUUCUCGAGAAAAUCUGGGACCUCCACGACAAGUUGAGCGACGCUAUUCACUCAAUUUCCCGAGCCCACUUCCUCAACUCCGUCAGAAACCUGAGGAAGUCAGAUAAGAAGAAACUCAACAACGAUGAUGUUGAGGACACUCGCUCUGGGUUUGUCUUUGUCAAGGAUUUUAGGGUCGAUGAUAAUGACUUCGCUAUUCAAGAGGCCAAGAGUCUCAACGCCAUCAGGACUGCUCUCGAGAACCUCGAGGAUCAAUUGGAGUUCUUCCAUACUGUACAAAUACAACAGCGGGCUGAGAGGGAUGCUGCAAUUGCUCGGUUAGAACAAAGCAGGAUUGUUCUUGCAAUGAGGUUAGCUGAACACCAUGGUAAGAAGUACAAAGUCCUUGAAGAAGCUUUAGCUUUUGUUGGGGAUGUACAUGAUGCAAGUGACUUUGUUUCUCCUGAAAACCUUUAUGGUUCAUCUCUGAAUCCAUCCGAUCAGAAACUUGAUAGGUGCGACCAAGGGUCUAACAUAGUGAUGAAAGUUCUGAUUUCAAGUUUUGACUUUGUGAGGACAUCCCUUAAAUGGGAUCAGAUGGGAGGGAUGCUGGGCAAUGCCGCUGUAUUUGCAGUUAGCAUGCUUGCAUUGCUCCAUUUGCAUCAGGUAGCUUAUAAGGAGCACCCAUAUAAGCAAGAAGAACUUAUCUAUCGCAAUAGAAACGUGAGUAAAGCUCCUCAGAUUGAUGGAUCUUCAUCUAAUGGUAAUUUGAAUCGAUUGGAUGUGAUGUUGGCCAGGGGCUGAGGCAAUUUGUAAGUUUGAAGUUUUAGUUGUUAGCUGAAAAUGGGAAAAUUCUUGCUGAUGUUAUAAAUCAAGAGGUUCAAUUAUUUUUCAAUUCUUCCUAUGAAAUCUGGAGGCUUGCAACAGUUAGCACGAUGAGGAGCCAAAUUUAGACUGCCAUGCUAUUAAGAUGCAGAUCCUUGUUAGUUAGGAAUGUAUAUGAGGUUUCAGUUAGUGGUGGUUGAUAAACUUUCUUUUGCCCUUUGAAAUUCACUGUGCCCCAAAUUCUGAUCGAGUUAAACGCUACUUUAUUACUGUUUUCAUCUCAAACAGACAGCAAUUCUUUUUUAAACAAGCAGGAAAAAGCAGCAAAUCCACUAGGGGAAUAGCAAUCGUUGGUGGAGUUCAAGAUGCAUUUUCUCUUGGAAAUUAUGAAGUUUCAUAUUUGUAGUUGAAAUGGAUUUUGUCUUGUUAGUUUGUGAUAGAAAUGUUAUGUUGUUCAGAUGAAAGUUCUAUGAUAGAAAUGCUUCUUGUGGAGUCUCCAGAGACACGAAAACUCCAUCUUCUAUAGUCUGCUUUGGUUUUUUAACUGUUAAAGUUGCUACUGUUACAA